CGAUUAAGAAACAUGCAAGAGGUGGAGCGCCAUGCUAGGAUUUGGGAUGGGCGACGGGCAAACAGUGAACUGGUCGGGGAAUUAUACUGAGCCCACAUCCAGAGCUUAGCGCACUAGGACUGGGACAGGACCCGAAUGGUCUUCAAGAGGAAGAAUACUUAACGAGAUCAUACUGAGUGGACUGCAUCAGUGCGGUCGGUCUCCGGGCAUUGCACACCUUGCAAUAUGCUCCAGAUGUCCCAAACGUCGAACGAACGCCUCCACGAGAAUCUUGCAGACUGGGAUUCCAUCUCCGGUCAGUUUCCCUCUAGUUGGUAUGACCCGCACGCCAUCUUUUACUCCGCACUAACACUGCAGUUUAGGCAUCUGCAUAUACCGUAGCAUCAGUACGAGUCGAGUAUCCACCACUGAAUAUUGUAACUUCCCACCCUAGGAUAGGUUAGCUCUGUGGCUAGCGCGGAAAGAACUUCACCUUCAGCUAACAUGUCCCCUUCGCGGCACUCAAAUAGCGUCAUCAUCCAAAAGCAGGAAAGUACUCCGUCCAGUCGACCGUCCGAUAGACCCCCGCCGGCACGGCCCUAAGCCCCACCAGCAUCUCGAC